UAUUUUCCUGUCAAUUCAAAUGGUUAUGUUUACAUUUAUAGUGUAGAGUUGCAAAAUGUUGUCCUCACUUCGUUGUUUUAAUUAUGUUAUGAAUUCACGUAGUGGAAUCAAUCAAUUGGUUUUGAGAAAUACCCGGAAUUAUAUCAAUUUGUUAAAAAAUAAUUCCAGGUCAUAUAAUUGCCUUAACUGUUCUGCGAGAUCCAAUCUAAUACCAAAAUCAAAGAGUUCAUCUCUCAUUCGUUAUAAUGUCAUUAGAGGGCAUAAUAAAUCAACCGAAAGUAAUAAAGGAAAGAAAACAGUAGGAUACUGGCUCCUAACGUGUAGUGGGAUGGUUUUUGUUGCUGUUGUUUUAGGUGGUGUUACAAGAUUGACAGAAUCUGGACUUUCUAUGGUGACAUGGAAACUUCUUGGUGAAAAAAUGCCUAGAUCUGAGGAAGAAUGGCAGGCAGAAUUUGCAAAUUAUCAACAAUAUCCAGAAUUCAAAAUAAAAAAUAGAGAUAUGACUUUAUCCGAAUUCAAAUGGAUUUGGUACAUGGAGUUUGGUCAUAGAAUGUGGGGACGAGCCAUUGGAACAGUUUUUGCUGUACCAGCAGCUUACUUCUGGUUUAAAGGAAUGCUAUCAAAAAGCAUGAAAAUAAGAAUCGUAGCCUUUGGACUUUUGAUAGGAGCUCAAGGUCUAAUGGGUUGGUAUAUGGUAAAAUCUGGUCUUGAAGAUCGUUUCCAUGGCCAAAGUGACGUUCCUAGAGUUUCCCAGUACCGCCUAGCUUCACAUUUAUCACUUGCGUUUAUACUUUAUACACUCCUGUUAUGGUCAGCUUUAGAUAAUUUGCUACCUGCACAAACAUUAGAAACGGCUCAACAAAGUAUUAUUAAAGCAGCAAGAAAGUUCAGAAUGCUUGCACAUAGCUGUAAAGGACUCGUUUUUUUAACAGCUAUCUCAGGAGCAUUUGUAGCUGGUUUAGAUGCCGGCCUUGUAUAUAAUUCUUUCCCCAAAAUGGCAGAUAAAUGGAUUCCUGAUGAUAUUUUGGCUUUUUCUCCAAAACUUUCGAAUAUAACUGAAAAUCCAACAACUGUUCAGUUCGAUCAUAGAAUAUUAGGAACUACAACAUUAUCUUUAAUAACCCUACUUUGGUGGUGGUCAAGAAAAAGGACGCUUCCGCCUAGGGCAUAUACAGCUGCUAAAUGUUUGGCAGUCAUGGCUUGGCUUCAGGUUGGUCUAGGAAUUACAACUUUGUUAACUUAUGUACCCGUUUCGGUUGCUGCGAUGCAUCAGAGCGGUUCUUUGAUGCUGUUAUCAUUUGCAGUCUGGUUAACACAUGAGUUGAAGAGGUUACCCAAGAUAUAGACUUACAAAUUUUGUACAAUCAGUAUCCUUUCAUUUUUAUGGUGGAAUAAUUUAAUUUUUUUUGUAAAUAGAAGAAAUUUUCCAUUUUUCAUUAUAUAGAAUAAAAAGUGUUUAUAUUA